AGAGGGAUCGUGGCUAAAGCCUCUCUUUCUGGCUCUCAGGUAUAUAAAGAGGAGGCAGCUGUAGAGCAGAGGACAAAGCACUCUGGAAACAUUUUUCACUCAUUGCUUUUCAUCCAGAUUCUGUUCUCUCUACCUUGCCUCGCCUCCCUUGCUUCACCUGCUGGACUCUGAGCUGAGCAGGUACGUCUGCCAACCUGAGCCAAGCCAAGCCGAGCUAGACCAAAUUCUCCAGUCGCUAUGGAUAUUGCCAUCCAGCACCCCUGGUUCAGACGUGCCCUGGGCUCUGCCUACCCUGCCCGACUCUUUGACCAGUUUUUUGGAGAGGGCAUGUUUGACUACGACCUCUUCCCCUACAGCGCCUCAACCAUCAGCCCCUAUUACAGACAGUCGCUGUUCCGCAGCUUUUUGGAUUCCUCCAACUCUGGCAUCUCUGAGGUGAGGUCUGACAGGGAUAAGUUCACACUCUACCUGGACGUCAAGCACUUCUCCCCAGAUGACCUCAGUGUGAAGGUCACUGAUGACUACGUGGAGAUCCAGGGCAAGCAUGGAGAAAGACAGGACGACCACGGUUACAUCUCUCGUGAGUUUCACCGCCGCUACCGCCUCCCCUCCAGUGUUGAACAGUCAGCAAUCACCUGCACCCUGUCAUCUGAUGGUCUGCUGACCCUGACCGGGCCAAAGGUAAUGGGGGGGAGUGAAUCUGGCCGCAGCGAGCGCAGCAUCCCUGUCAGCCGUGACGACAAGCCCAAUGCCGCUGCAUCCUCCUAGAGGCCAAGUGGUGGGGGCUGACGAGGGGUGCUGGAGGAGCUUGACACCCCUACAACCUGCAUUAACUGGGAUGGACGAGAAUCUCUAUCUCCCAACCCUUGGCUUCUUCUCCCUUUUCUUUAGAGGAUAUCUGUGUCCUCCUCACUUCACCUUUCUCCUCUAUAGAUUCUUCUUAGCACACUCUUACAGUAUUAUUAGUAUCAUUGUUUUGAGUAUAACAAAAAUCUCCCCCCGAGGAUGGUUAAGUGAAGGGCGGCUGGACUUUUUAAGAAGAAAACUCAUCUAAGGACGAGACAUUCACAUGACCUGAUGCUUCAUUCUGCUGAUUGAUCUGUGUCAGAGCAAGCACUCUGGCAGUAAAGAUGGUUGGGGUUAAGCUUGGAGGUAAAUGUCACAAGUCUUGUCCCAGAUUUUUCAUCAGUGAAGUUCUGAGGCCCUGGCUGUUUCCAUGCUUGUGCUGACUCUUUAAACCCUCUCUUGUCUUAAAUAUAUUCUGUACUGUAGUCUAGGCCUUGUUCAAUGGUUAACUGCUCAUUACUGAGAAGUCCAUACUAAAUAAACAUACAAUAAAGCUGUACAAUUAACAAA